UGUGAGUGCGCGAGUCAGGGCUGCGAGAGCGAGGAUUCCCGAUUGUCCUCAGUAAACAGAUGUUGGUCUGGGGAUAUCACGGUUUGUGCCGCAAACGGCAACGACUUGAACUUACGCGUGGGAUCAUGCUAUAGACACAAAGACUUGUCGGCAGUUGUAACAUGGCUACCUAAGCGAACCUAAACGACUUGACUUUCUGCAACAGUCUCUCCUUACCCGUUGAACGUCCUGCUGCGCAGAUCCCGCUCCAUUCGUUUCCCAAACCUCAUCCCUCGCUGAUCUUCACCUCAGAAUGAUGCUCCUACAAUCCUCACUCGUGGCCCUGGCCCUCUUCACAUCCUCAUGCAUCGCCAUAUCCAAAAACUUCUACCCUUCCUCAAAACGAGGCCUCAUCUACAUCCCCAACUCCGACUUCCCCCAGGACGAUAAAGUCUGGGUCCAAAAACACUCCGACCUAACAUGGUACUACAACUACAAACCGUACCCCAGCUCCGUCUACGAGAACAUCACUUCCCUCCAGUUCGUCCCCAUGCUCUGGGGCGCCCCCGACGGCUUCGAUGACACUUCCUUUCUAGAAAACGUCACGGCGCAAAUUAUCGGCGGCCGAAACAUCACAUAUGUGAUGGGCUUCAACGAGCCAGAUAACUCAAUGGCCAACGGCGGCAGUGACAUUAAGCCCAAAGACGCAGCGAAGUACUGGAUCAAGCAGCUUGAGCCGUUGAGAAAACUAGGUGUUUCGCUCGGUGCGCCUGGGGUGACGGGUGCGCCGUCGGGGUUUACGUGGCUUGCGGACUUUGUAGAGGCUUGCAAGGGGAACUGCACGUUUGACUUUAUUCCUAUACAUUGGUACGGAAGCUUUGAUGGUAUGGCGAGUCAUAUCGCUGGUGUUUUGGAUGUGUUUCCGGGGAAGAAGAUCUGGGUUACUGAGUUUGCGCUGGACUUUUCGUCUUUGGUUGCGACGCAGGAUUACUUCCAGACGUCGGUCAAGUAUCUUGACGGAAACAAGAACAUAACUCAUUAUUCGUACUUUGGGUCUUUCCGCUCAUUCACGUCGAAUGUCGGAUAUAAUGUGUCAAUGCUUAAUUCAUAUGGGCAGUUGACGGAUAUAGGAAGUUGGUACCUUGGGGGUGAUGCGACAGGUGUUAUACCGGGCGACAAUGUUGUCAAGCCUAAUGUGACAGCUGCCAAGCCGUCUACGCCUACGUAUGUUGUUCCGUCAUUAGUAACGGAGGACAGCGACUCGUUGGGUGUUGUGAAUCGGCCUUGUAUAUCUUAUCUUGGGCUACUAUAUCCGCUUCUUGCUUUAUAUGCUAGACUAUAUAAUUAGAUACCAAAACGUCUGGGUGACCAGCUUCUUUGACAUGUU